CAGCUGUCAUAAAUAUGGACGGGGAAGAGGAGAGUCAAAAAGUUUUGCCGGUCCCGUGAUAAUAGCAAGUGCCCGCCGAAUGGACGGACACCUUUUCUACAUGCACUCCCCCACUGAAUUUUUGGAUCUAGGCUUCUUCCCCACCUCCCUCGGAGAUCUCACUCUCCCCUUGGAACCAUUCCGUCUACCCCCUCCCCCACAACCCUCUUCUUCCCCUUUUCCUUUCCCUCUAAACGGUCGGUAGGAACCUUAACCUCCUGCUUCGGAGUUCCGUUUCUCCAAAGAAUUGAAGAAGAAUGCCGGGGUUAGGAAAGAAUUCCCGGGUGGGGAAGCGCUCUUCGCCUUCGUCGGCGGGCUCGACCUCUUACUAUGUCACCAUAGUCAUCUCUGUGGCGCUCUGCAUUCUUGGAGUUUGGAUGCUCACUUCAUCCUCUGUCAUUCCCUCCCACACGACCGCUGCCACCCGCCACCGUGCAGCCUUCGCCACCUCCACUGCUUCUAAAUCUUCUCCUUCUCGUGUAUCUCGGAGAGACCCCCCUCCAGUCUUGGAGGAUGGCCCCGAGGAUGGCAACAAGGAUGAUGACAAGCUGGAACCUAAGAUCACCACUGUAACUUCGAUGGAGGAUGGGGAGGAGAUGGAUCGGGGAGGAGGAGAUGGAGAGAAGGAGGUUGACGAAGAUAGCCGAUCCUCUGAAGGAGGACAUGAAGCCAAAGGAAGCCACCUAGAGGAGCAGCAAAAUGAGGAGCGUGAGGAGGCUAACCGAAGUCAUCAGAGAGAAUAUCAACGGGAACAAAUGGGCGGAAAUGAGGAGAACCAGGAGCAGCAAUCCCAAGUAAGCAAUGAGGGUGAUGGGAAAAAACGUGGAGACCAGCAGUUAGAGAACCACAAUCCGGAGGCUGUAAUAGAGGAGAGACAGCAGUCCGAAUUGCAACAAAACAGGGACGAGAUCCAUGAACAGCAGCAGAGGGAGCAUGAUGAGCAGCUACCAGAAAGUGGUGAUGAGGAGAACCAGCAAGAAUUUCAGGAGCAACAACAGCAGACAGAGAGCGGAAGCAAUGAGAACCAGCAAAAGGGCCAGCCGGAGAUUGAUGAGAACCAUGAUCAAAUUCAGCAGAAGAUAGACCAGGAAAAUGAUGAGAGCCAGGUACAAUCUGACGAGAAGACAGGGGAGGGAACCGAGCAGAGCCAGCAACAAUCAGAAGAAAUUAUGGACGGAACUGAAGAGAACAAACCACAAUCAGGAGAAAAUGAAGAGGAGGGGACCAAUAAGAACCAGUCACAACCUGAGGAGAGGACAAAGGAUGGAGCUAAUGAAAGUCAGCUGCAGAUUGAAGAGCAGUCCGAGAUAGAAAGAAGCAGUGAAAGCCAGGAAGAGAUCCCACAACAACAGAUAAAUGAAGAGAACCCAAUUAGCUCAAGCGACUCGAAUGCAAGCGAGUCACUAGAUGGGGCACAAUCAGAGGUGUCAAAUGAGAAAAAUGGUGAGACAAGGCCAUGGGCAACGCAGGCUGACCAUUCUGACACUGAGAAGGAAAGAAGGAAAGGGGAGGAGUUGCAAUCCAAUGGAGGAGGAGGUGACCAAGAGGGGCACAUUGAAUGGAAGCUUUGUGAUAUCACAGCUGGCACGGACUACAUACCUUGCCUUGACAAUAAGAAGGCCAUCAAGAAGCUACACAGCUUCAGGCAUUUCCAACAUCGUGAGCGUCACUGUCCUGAGGAAGGCCCCACAUGUCUGGUGCCGCUUCCAAAAGGAUACCGACGGCCCAUCAAGUGGCCUGAGAGUAGAGAUAGGAUAUGGUACAAUAAUGUACCUCACACAAAGCUUGCAGAGGUUAAAGGCCACCAAAAUUGGGUGAAAGUUACUGGAGAGCACCUUACAUUUCCAGGAGGAGGAACACAGUUCAUUCAUGGGGCACUUCACUACAUUGAUUUCAUUCAGCAGUCUGUGCCUCAUAUUGCUUGGGGAAAGCAUACUCAUGUUGUACUAGAUGUUGGAUGUGGGGUUGCCAGCUUUGGUGGCUAUCUCUUUGAGAGAGAUGUUCUUACGAUGUCUUUUGCGCCAAAAGAUGAACAUGAAGCUCAAGUUCAAAUGGCGCUCGAGCGAGGAAUUCCGGCAAUAUCUGCAGUAAUGGGCUCUCAACGUCUUCCAUUCCCCAGCAAGGUUUUUGAUCUUGUUCAUUGUGCGCGUUGCCGUGUCCCAUGGCAUGCAGAUGGUGGUACUCUUCUUUUGGAGCUGAAUCGUGUCUUACGCCCUGGAGGAUAUUUUGUGUGGUCAGCAACACCUGUGUAUCAAAAACUGAAGGAAGAUGUUGAGAUCUGGAAAGCCAUGUCAUCUCUGACGAUAUCCAUGUGUUGGGAUCUUUUCACGAUCAAGAAGGACCGGCUGAAUUCCGUUGCUGCUGCAAUUUAUCGUAAACCAAUUUCAAAUGAAUGUUAUGACAACAGAAAGCAUCACAGUCCUCCCAUGUGUAAAGAAGAUGAUGAUCCAAAUGCAGCAUGGUACAUCCCUCUGAAGGCUUGCAUGCACCGGGUGCCGGUUGACGCAUCUGAGCGGGGCUCGCAGUGGCCUGAGCAAUGGCCACAAAGAUUGCAGGCGCCUCCUUACUGGUUAAACAGCUCUCAGACUGGAGUCUAUGGGAAGCCAGCCCAUAAUGAUUUCACAUCAGAUUAUGAACACUGGAAAAGAGUUGUGGAAAAGUCGUAUAUCAAUGGUUUUGGCAUUGAUUGGUCCCAAGUGAGAAAUGUUAUGGACAUGAGAGCUGUUUAUGGAGGAUUUGCUGCUGCACUCAAGGAUCUGAAUGUGUGGGUGAUGAAUGUGGUGAACAUGGAUUCUCCAGACACACUACCAAUUAUCUACGAGCGCGGGCUUUUUGGUAUUUACCAUGACUGGUGUGAAUCAUUCAGUACCUAUCCCAGAUCCUAUGACCUCCUGCAUGCUGAUCACCUGUUUUCUCAGAUCAACAAGAGAUGCGAAAUCAUGCCUGUGAUAGCUGAAGUUGAUAGGAUAUUGAGGCCUGGUGGCAAACUAAUUGUUCGUGAUGAGUCUGCAGUUGUAAGCAAGGUAGAGAACUUAUUGAAGUCGCUGCACUGGGAGGUCCGCUUGACAUUUUCCAAGAACAAAGAAGGGAUACUUUGGGCAGAGAAAUUGGAUUGGCGGCCAUAGAAUUUAGCAGAUUUGUUGUGAAUAAAGUUCAUCUUAAUUUCUAUGAUGUCUGAAAAUUUUGCGCUUAAUUUACACUGCAUCUGUUCUGUAGCUUUUCAGAUUAUUAUUUUUUUUCAAAAUAAUCAUUCCAAGUGUUUGAUUUGUUUUCUUUCUUCAUUCUGAACAGUGUAAAUUAUCAUUUAAAUUAGAUUGGCAUUUACCAUU